AUGAAAACGAGGAUGGGCCAAAUGGUCCUCUUGUUAUUUUUGAUCGGUGUUUUCGGCGUAUAUUUAACAGAUGCCUCCUUAGCUGCGCUGUCAAUUGAUUUCGGAUCACAGUAUAUGAAGAUCGCACUAGUGAAACCUGGAGUACCCAUGGAGAUCGUUUUGAAUAAAGAAUCCAGAAGGAAAACGCCAAACCUGGUGGCAUUCAGAAACGGAGAACGAUUUUUCGGUGAUGCGGCUCUUGCGACUUCAGUGAAGUAUCCACACAGUGCUUGUGGAUUUCUGUUGGAUAUUCUCGGGAAAAAGUUUGAUAAUCAAAUCGUCUCACUGUAUAAGCGAAGGUUCCCUCAUCUAAAUAUAACAGCUGAUGAAGAAAGAGGAACAGUACAGUUUGUAAUUGUGGAAAUGCUGAUAGCAAUGGUGUUGUCGUAUGCGCGCAAAACGGCCGAAGAUUUCGCCGAGCAACCGAUACGCGAUGCGAUCAUCACUGUUCCUGCAUACUUUAAUCAAGCGGAGAGACUGGCAAUGGUUGCAGCUGCAGAAAUGGCUGGAAUUAAUCUCCUUCAGCUAAUGAAUGCGCACUCAGCAGCUGCUCUGAACUAUGGUGUUUUCCGAAUAAAGGAAAUCAAAGAACAGGAUCAAACUAUGUUGAUUUAUGACAUGGGUGCAUCCAAAACUACAGCAGCUAUUGUUAGCUACAAUCUUGAAAAAGAUAAACAUUCCAGUGAGAAGAAUCCACGCUUGAGGACACUUGGAUUUGGAUUCGAUCGUACGCUAGGUGGUCUUGAGAUAACACUUCGUUUACGCGAUCAUCUCGUUCAAGAGUUCAGAAAAACAAUCAAAACAAAGAAAGAUAUUGCCACAAACCAGCGAGCAAUGGCUAAAAUGCUCAAGGAAGCCGAACGACUCAAACAGGUAUUAUCUGCAAAUGCAGAUCAUUUUGCACAAGUUGAAAGUAUUCACGAAGAUCACGAUUUCAAAGUUCGUGUAACUCGUGCUCAGCUUGAAGAUAUGAUGACUGAUUUAGAGCCGAGAAUGAUACAGCCAAUUAACGAUGCGCUGAAAAUGGCUGAAAUGGAUAUUGGUCAACUUGAUCAAGUUGUGUUGAUGGGCGCUGGUACGAGAGUGCCUAGGGUGAAGGCCGUCUUGCAACAGUUUCUCGAAAAUAAAGAAUUGGGUAAUUUUCUGAAUACGGAUGAAGCAAUAGCGAUGGGUGCUGUCUAUGAAUCGGCUCAUCUCAGUAAAGGUUUCAAAGUGAAAAGAUUCGAUGUUUAUGAUUUGCUCAUCUUUCCCAUUCAGGUUUUGGGAAUGUAUAAUUUUUGUUUGCCUACGUGCCACUUAGAAUUUGGAUCUCUAAAUGUGAGUGAUAUCGAAAUGACUGGUAUAGCUGAAGCAGUUCGAAAUGAAAUGGCUGAUGAGGGUACUACCUUGAAGAAAUUAGUAUGUGAAGAAGCGGGGAAUGUGUUGCAGGGUGUGAAGGUACGCUUCAGUAUGGAUGGCUCAGGCAUAGUUCAUGUGGAGGGUGCGGAAGUAGUUUUCGAGAAAACGCCCAAAGAGCAGUCUGCAUUCGCUUCAAUUGCUGGAAAGUUCGCUGGUUUCUUCUCAUCUCGAAAUGACGAUAAGGUGAAUGAGGAAGUGGAGAAUAAAAAAGAUGAGUCGAAAAAGGUUGACGAUGGGAGCAAAGAGAAUAAAAAGACUGAGGAAAAAGUGAGUAAAAAAGAAGAACAAACGAAUGAUAAAGAGAGGAAGAAAAGAGAAUCAAAAGAUGAGUCAGAAAAGACUGAGAAAUCGACAACCGAACCACCCGAAAAACCAGCGCAAGAAACAGUCAAUGAUAAGGCGAAGGAAACGGAAAGCAAAAAAGAAGAGAAACCAAAAACUGUGAAGAUCGCGCUGAAAUUGAAAGAAACAAGAUUGGAUUUGUUCGGACUUCCCAGUGAACGAAUGGCAUCUGCUAAAAAAUUGCUGAGCGACUUCGAUGAACGGGAGCACGCGAAAGAGGAACGUGAAGCGGCUCAAAACAACCUUGAAUCAUUGGUGUAUGAUACUGCUGAUAAGUUGGAGCAAUCCGAAUAUCAGAUGUUUUUCACGAACGAAGAGCAGACUGCUGUAUCUGAGCAGCUGAAAGUAGUGCGCACAUGGUUGGAGGAUGAAGCAGAUUUUAAAACAACCACUGAAGAGUUCGAAAGUAAGCGAAAAUCAAUUACCGACCUUCUGAAACCGAUCAAAUCUCGCAUGAAAGAGCACAAAGUUGAACGUCCUAUAGUAGUGAGUGAGCUGCUCUCACUUUUCAAUCAUACGGAACUGUUCUUAAAGAUGAGUGAAAACUUAACAGCAGCUAAUGUAUUUUCUGAAGUUGAAAUAACAACGUUAAACAAAGCAUUCAAUGAAACAAAGAUUUGGUGGAAUGAAAAAAAUGCGACGCAGUUAAAGUUGAAACCGAAUGAGCAACCAGCGUAUACAGUUCAAGAAGUUGUAGAAAAGAUGCGAAACUUGGAUCGUGAAGUGAAAUAUUUGCUGAAUAAGAUGAAAUUCGCAAAGCCGAAGACUGAAACUGUUGUGGAACCCAAAGGCAACACCACUAAUGAAACAGAUUCAGCGAAGCCCCCUGAGCAAACUGACAAUGAUUCUGCCGAAGGAGUUUCCCACUUAAAUGCGACUGAUGCGAAAGACGAGAAGUCUGCGACAAAAGAACCUGAGGUGACCACUACCGAGAACAUUACGGAGGAUCCAUCUGCACAAAAGGAAACCACGUCGGAAAAUGCUCCCGAUGAAGCUGAGAAAUCACAUGAUACGUCCGAAUUGUGA